CGGUGCGAGAGCUCUCCCAGCCGAAUCUGAUCAGAUCGGACGGCCAGAGCUCUCCCGUCCGAAUCGAAUCAGCCCCAGCCGCACCGCAAACUCCGAUUCGGAAUCAGCACAGCCGCCGCGCAAACUCCAACUCCGAUUCCCGAUUCGCAGUCGGUUCUCUGGUCGCCUACAUAUCCCCUGCCCCUCCUCUCCACUCCCAUACCGAUCCAUCAGGAUUCAGGAACGCUUCUCACUGCGCCUGCCAAGUGUUCGAUCGAUUGCCUCAACCACCCGGUCACUGUGCAGGCGACCUGUUCGAUCAAUUGCCUCAACCAGUCAACCACCGCUCACCAUGGUUAUGGGGAAAUUCAUCCGCCGUUCUAACGGCCACGCCUCCUCGUCGUCGUCCAUGCUGGACGAUGACACCAGCAGCGCUUGCGGUGGCGGCAUGAGCAUCUACUACCAGAAGAUUAAUCAGAGGGUCGCCGUGCUCGAGAAGGCCGCCGUCUCCGUGCACGAGAGCCGGGCGUCCACGAGGGAGGCGGCGCUGGCGUCGCUCGUCGGCGCGCUCGAGGGCUUCGUCCCCGCCCACUUCAUCGGGUGGCACCACCGCGGCGAGAUCGUUCGCGGCUGCUGCGCCUCCAUCAAGAAGGGAGCCGCCAAGGAGGCCCGCCUCGCGCUCCGCGCCGUCGCGCUGCUCGCCGUCACGCUCGGCCCGGGCUCCAAGAGGAGGAUCUUGCCGGCGGAGACGUACAACCCGCUCGAACCCGGCCCUGGCUCCAAGAAGAUCAUGGCGGAGACGUUCCCGCUAGUCUCCCGCAUCCUCGAGGUGUCAACCGACGCGUCCCUGGUGAUCGCCGCGCUCGAGUCCCUCGCCGUCGUCGCGUUCGUCGACGUCGCCGCGGAGAACAUGGACGACACGGAGGCGUGCAUGAAGGCGCUGUGGGGGCUGAUCCGCCCAAGCACGGGGCCCAAGCUCGGCGGCGCGGCGAGGAAGACGAGCCCUCAUGUCCUGGCCGCCGCGGUGUCGGCGUGGACGCUCGUGCUGACCACAACCGACGGCUGGAAGAAGAAGAAGGCGGCGUCGUCCUCUCCCACCGCGUGGCGCGACACGGCGGCGCACCUCGCCCCGCUCCUCCACUCCGACAGCCGCGCCGUCCGGAUGGCCGCCGGCGAGGCGCUCGCCGUCACCAUCGAGAUGAAGCUCGUGACCCGGGACAGCCACGGCGCCCUCAUCUCCGGCGUGGCGGCGAGAGCGUCCGAGCUCGCCAACGAGGCCGCCGGAGCGGGCGUCGGCAAGGCCAACUUCGUCGAGCAGAAGGAGCUCUUCAAGAGCAUCGCGUCGUUCCUCGCCGGCGGCAAGGCACCGGCGAGCUCGGUGCGCGUGUCGUCGUCCCACCAUGGGCGGCUGACGGCGUCGACAUGGACGGACAUUGUCCGGCUCAACUUCCUCCGGCGAUUCCUCGGCGGCGGGUUCCUGCCGCACCUCCAGGGGAAGGUGGUGAUGGGGGAGGAGGCGCCGCUGAUAGGGCAGGUGUUCGUCGUGAAGGAGGACGACAUGGCCAUGGAUCAGAAGAAGAAGGUGGACAAGCAGAGGACGCUCAACAAGGAGCGCCAAAUAGCCUCUGACCUCAAGUUCAGUAUGAAACUAGGAAAGGAAUUUUGGGCCAAGCAGAGUCCAGUGCAUGUAAAGUUAUUAUGUAGAAAAAUAAUUAUCUGAGAGAGUAAAUUGGGUUACUUAUGGAAUUGCACUAUGAAAUUACGUUUGAAAGUUUUUCACAAUAAAAUUGUACGAUAACCUUUUUUUCUUA